AUGAUUGCCGAUCACCCGGAGCAACUCGACCCGGCACUGCUUCGACCUGGGCGGCUCACCACACAUCUCCGGUUUGACUACAUCGAACUGGACGACCUGCUCCGCCUCUGCGGGCUCUUCUUCGGCGCCGAGUACAGCGAGGCUUCGAGUACCCUGACCACCACUGGCGAGGCGAACCUCCACAGGCAGAGAGACGGCUACAGCAAUGGUCGCAUGGUGACAUCUCCCGCGACGCCGCCCCAGCAAGUUCACGAUGGGUUGCUGGAGACGACUGAACGCCACCGCGCCGAGCCGCAAUCGCCUAUCGCACGCGUUUUGAAAGAAAAAACGAACGAUGCAGGUCUUCUGCAGCGGCAGGGUCUGGGGUUCUCCGCGUCGAUGACCGAUGCCAAAAUCAAGGAACGGGUUCUCCGUCAACUCUCUCUGAAGCAAGCGGCCCAGGUGUGCUCAUGCAUCUCAACCUUGGAGGAGGAAGCAUCUUCGCAAGCCCCUCAAGCGCGCGAGAACACCGCGUAUAACUUCUUGAUAACCCCCGCGCAUGUGCAUCACCUGUGCAUGCAUGCCGCUAAUCUGAACGGAUUCCUUGACGCCCUUUCUGCCUAUAUUCGAAACGGGAGCGAGUGCGACACUUGCGAUCGGGGCGACGCAAACUAA